AUUCAGUUUAUCUAUUGUCACAGGUUCGGUACAUUGAUACUUUUCAUUCUACGAAUCAAUGCAUGCAGUGUAUCAAAUAACACAGUAUUGUAGAACAUCUUCGCAGUCGAACAUCGCCGUCGAGUUCACACCGCACUAUUCACCAAGCUCACCAACGACGCCACUUGGAUGCUUCAUAGCAUUAUCGAUUCCGACCACGAUGUACAUUGUGUCUUACUUUGAGUUGGUGCUUCAUGACAACGGAGUGUUUGUUUCGAGCCGUCGUCGUCACGCGUGCGUCAGGGCUCAUGGAUGCGAAGAGCACGUGUCGCUGAUGAUGAUUCUCCACGACUCGGUACAUUUUAUGGCGACAGUGGACAGCUAUGUCGCGGCAGGUCAGACCCACACAUCACCUUCGUGAAUCAGAGAGGAAGUGCAUUGCAUUUCGAGCUCCCCACGCGGCCGCCUUCUCGUUGAGCGGAGGUUCUCCAUCUUUGGUGUGCCAUGUUGACGGUUUUGAUUGGCUGAUUCAAAUGGUGCGGACGGUUGAAUAAAAAUAUUUCAACGUGGC